CUUAUUUCCUUUCACUCUCACUCUCACUCUCACUCUCACUCUCGCUUUCAUUCUUCCUUUCACAAUCCUGGUGAUGCCAUCUCACACUUCAAUCGCUUACUCCGAAUGUGUCCUACUACCCCUUCCAUCGUUGAAUUUAACAAGAUUUUAACUUCCCUUGUUAAGACCAAGAAGCAUUACUCCCCCGCUAUCUCGCUUUCUCACCAGAUGGAGUUCACUGGAAUCAAGCCAAGCCUUGUUACUAUGAGCAUCUUGAUCAAUUGCUACUGCCACUUGGGUCAAAUCAAUUCCGCUUUUUCUGUACUCGCCAGAAUUCUCAAGAGAGGUUAUCAGCCAACUACCAUCACCUUCACUACUCUCAUCAAAGGUCUCUGUCUUCACGGCAAGGUCCCCAAAGCACUGCAAUUUCAUGAUGACGUGCUAGCUCAGGGAUUUCGGUUGAACCAAGUCAGUUAUGGAACCUUGAUCAAUGGGCUAUGUAAAAUGGGGGAAACAAGAGCUGCUUUGGAGUUGCUUAGGCGGAUUCAAGGGCGAAGGAUUAAACCUGAUGUGGUAAUGUACAGCACAAUCAUCGAUAGCCUGUGUAAAGAUAAACUUGUAAGUCAUGCUUGCAAUUUAUUUUCUGAAAUGGUUGUCAAGGGAAUAUCUCCUAAUGUAGUCACGUACAAUGCUUUAAUAUAUGGCUUUUGCAUUGUUGGUCAAUUGAAACAAGCAAUUGCUUUGUUACAUGAAAUGCCAACGAAAAACAUAGACUCAGAUGUUUAUACUUAUAAUAUAUUGGUCGAUGCUUUAGGUAAGGAAGGGAAGGUGAGAGAAGCUAAGAACAUGUUAGCUGUGAUGAUGAAGCAGGUUAAUGAAGUGAACAAAGCCCAAGCUGUAUUCAACACCAUGACCCAAAUGGGAGUGUUUCCUGAUGUUCUGUGCUACAAUAUUAUGAUUAAUGGAUUGUGCAAGAUUAAAAUGGUGGACGAAGCCUUGAAUCUCCUUGAAGAAAUGGAUUACGAAAAGAUUAUUCCUAAUAAAGUAACCUACAGUUCUCUUAUUGAUGGUUUAUGCAAAACAGGGAAAGUCUCUAAUGCAUGGGAGCUUCUUGAUGAGAUGCAUGUUAGAGGUCAACCAGCCGACAUAAUCACCUAUAAUUCUUUCUUGGAUGCUUUAUGCAAAGGUCAUCAUGUUGACCAAGCAAUUGCAUUGAUCAAGAAAAUUAACGACCAGGGUGUUCAGCCAAAUUUAUGCACAUACAAUAUACUUCUGGAUGGACUGUGCAAAGGUGGAAGAUUCAAGGAUGCACAAGAGAUUUUUAAGGAUCUUUUGAGUAAAGGCUAUCAUUUAACUGUCCAGACAUAUACUAUUAUGAUCAAUGGGCUUUGUAAAGAAGGCUUGUUUGAUGAAGCGUUGACCUUACUGUCGAAAAUGAAAGAUGAGGGUUGUAUUCCUGAUGCUAUUACUUUUGAAACAAUUAUUCAGUACUCUUUAAAAAUGGCGAGAAUGACAAGGCAGAGAAACUUCUUCGUGAAAUGA